AUGGCGACACCUGAUGAAACGAAAUAUGGGUUCGGUAUUUCGCUCGCCGCCAUUGGGGUUCUAACACUUGUAACCAAUGUGCUGUUCCUCUUUGUGUUCUUCCAGCGGAGGAGGAUGAGGAUUCCUGCCAAAUAUUUCGUGGCGAACCUGGCCUUUGUAGAUAUUUUGGGAGCAAUCUUCUGGACGUCAUUCAGCGUGCUAGCUGUGUUUGAGGACGGCUGGACGCUGUCAUACGACGUAUGUAAACUACAACAGUUCUUUGCCAAUUUUUGUGUCCUCAUCAACAUGCACACAUUAUUGUUUCUUUCUUUUGAAAGGACACUAAUGAUUUACAAACCCUCGCGCCAUUUUGAAAUUUUUCAAAGGAUAGUUCUGAUCAUAGCUGUCUGUGCUGUUUGGAUCUUUGACGUGGUCUUGUCACUGUUUCCGGUCUCUGGUUGGGGGGAGGUGGCGUAUUUCUCUAACCAGUACCAAUGUGCUAUGAACUACGACGAAAACGUUAGACAAAUGCACUUCUCAACUGCCAUCACAUUUGGAAUACCUAUUAUUUUCCUGGCAUUGUGCUACGUAUUAAUUUUCAUUCGGAUUAAAAAAUUGCGUGAUAAUAUGUCACCGGAAGGUGCUAUGGCACUCGAAACGAAUGACGUCGCUUCCGGUGAUACGUAUUCAGCAAGACUCAAGCGCCAACAAAUGAAAUUCCAAGAUGCCGGGAGGAAACGAAAGAAGCCAACUAUCGGAAAGGUGGUGCAUUACACUAAGGACGGAUACGAGAGCAACGAAUCCUCAACCGACGAGGAAGAUGAAAAAGAGAACAAAUCAAAGAAAAGUGACGAAGGGGGAAUGAAACGAGUGUAUUACUUGUCAAAGAACGACUACGAGUUGGUGAAGACGUACCUUAUAACUACAUUCGUGGUGAUCGGAUUGUGGUACCCACAUAUCAUCAUCACCUACGUCGAUCUGUAUGAGUUCAAUGUCGUCAUUUCGGCUAACGUCAUCCGGUUUCUCGUUUUAAUGACCCACGUUGCGGCCUUCGUCAAACCCAUCAUAUAUUUCCUCCACAAUACAAACAUGAGCACACACCUUAAAAAAACGUUUUGUAAACGCGACAGGUACAAAAGAAUUGACAAGAAAUCUAACAAGUAUGCCGAAAAUGACGACGAAGAGAACGGAGUAGCCCAAACAAAUGCGGAACCGCAAGCUUAA